UUACAGUAUUCGUCACGUGAUGACCUCAGCAGCUCCACAGCACGCUACUCCUCCUCAGCCCUUACAUCCCCCAGUUCUUAUCGACCUUCUUUUUCGGGAGGAACAUAUCGCCUAAAGCGUGAUACACCAUCCAUUACAUCAUCAUCUGCCAGCACCUAUGUUAGUCGUUAUACACCCUCCACAAGUUCGGUCACAUCUUCCACAACAUUGGCAAGGGCCGACAGCUCUACGUCCGAUAUGAAAUCGGUGAGCCAACUGAAACGUUAUGGCUCAACAUCCAGUAGUAUAGGCAAAUAUUCACGAGAACCCAGUCCAGCAGCCUUAGAACACACCAAUCGUAUGCGCUCCAGAGAUCCCAGUCCCGGUAUACGAUCGUUAAGAGGACAAUCACGUGAUCCAAGUCCAGGCAUGGAUAGUAAAUAUAAAUAUGGUAGUUCGUACCGCAUGAAUAUGCCAAAGGCGGGUACGACGGCCACGACACCAACUUCGUCGGCAUAUAGUAGUCGUUAUGGAGCCACACGUACCCCAUCGUCCACAUCGUUGGCUGAGAAGACACCUACAGCAAGGACUGCCUCCUCAACUUCGUUGGCAGAUAAAAACAAAAGUUAUACAAGCAGAACUCCUUCCACAACCUCGUUGGCGGAAAAAUCAUUAUCAUAUGGCACCGUUAGCACCAGAAGAACACCUUCCUGCACAUCUUUGGCAGACAAACCUAUUUCAUAUGGUACAAGGCAACCUGCUGCUGCUGCUUCAACCAGUAGCAGUUAUGGCCUUAGUAGCAGAACGCCACCUUCUUCCUCAAUUAAACCCGCCCUAGAAGAGAAACCCUUGGCCUCGGAAGGUAGACCUCGGAAUGCCUCCAAUCAAUCCCCCAUAUCUUAUUAUCCUAGAGAUUAUCACACACCGGUUCCACAACAAAUUCCAGUUUCAGAAACAUCGGAAUCCCCAAAAGAAUCAACUAACAAUGCACCGCCAAUUGAGAGCGAAUCAAAGGAAACCAAAGAGAAAGAGAAAAAUGAAGAGGAGGAAGAUGAUCAGGAGGAUUCUGACACCACUGAAGAAUCCGAUACCUCAGAAGAUGAAGAAAUUCUUCCCCAACCACCAAAAGAACAAUUCCUAAGCAUUACCGUUUGUACGCGCGGCACAUCACCCAAUCCACCCGGUAGUCAAGUAUCAGAUCGCUCAACCCACAGCCUAGCCAUUACCAUCGAGAAAACCAUUCUACGUUCAUCGUCAAAAAGAAAAAUGCUCGAAAAAGAAAUGCAAUCUGAGGAGUGUACAAAAGUGAGUCGUUUGGCCUAUGGCAGUCGACUUUCACCCUAUAAUUCAGCGGCGGAACGGCGUUCACCAUCCAAUUUGCGUUAUAGCAGUAGUCCAAUUUCCAGCACCUCAAAAUCGAAUUCUCUUUCGAUAGCAACAACAACAACAGCCACGACAAAAUCCAAACUUUCUCCACCACGAGUGGGAAGACUCAAGUCACGACAAUCGUCGGUGGAAAGUCUUAGUCCCAAGAAACCACCCCUCGGACCCAAGGCAGAAUCGCCAUACAAAUCACCCUCUCCCAGCUCGUUAAGCCCAGCUCCCUCGAGAUUGCCUAACAAAGAUUUCCGCAAGUCUUCAUUAAAUGUUGGACCAACAGACCGCACCCGGAAAUCACGUACACCCAGUACGGGUACUGAUUCCGAUUUCAAUACCAUUGAUGCUCUCAAUGGUGCCUUGCAAGCUAUACAACGUUUGGAGAGAUCGCCCAGUGCAUGUUCCGAAAUUAGUAUUGCCUCAAAUCGUUCAGCAAGGCUACGCACCAUUGCCAGUGAAAAUAAAUUACGUCCACGAGCUCUCAACAAACCACUGGGCAGCCGUACACCACCCUCUCCGCUGAGUCGCCAGAACAGUAAUUCCAGUAUUAAACCGGCAAAAUCUCCCCUGCCCGCAUCUCCGUUGGCAAUGCGUUCGAAUAAAAUUCUUGUUACCGCUGCCACAUCAUCAUCCAGUGGUACAGAAAGUUCUGCAGCAGAAGUUAAGAAACCGCACAAGAAAAUGGUCAAAAAGAAAGUUGUCAAGGAAGCUCCGCCCGGCAGUAGUAGUACCACCGCCACCACAACAAGCCUUAGCAGCAGCAGCGCCAACAAUUCCGACAAUCAAAGUUCAGCCGCAACGUCAUCACUUAGCAAACGUUCACUGCCACAACCCAAGGCAAUGGCUGGCACGCAAACUACAGCUGCCGCAGCUAAGAAAACUGAAUCAUCACCGCUAAAGAAAUCCGCCUCAACCUCAUCGCGCACAGACAAAGAUCCACUACGACGUUUGAAAAAAUUGUCUUCUGUUUCGAAUUUUUUCGUUGCCCAACAGAAAAACGCUGAAAAUAGCGACGAUCAAAUAUAUCUUGAGAGUACCGAAACCUCAGGUGGUGGGGGCAGUGGAGGCGGCACAGCAACCUCUACCGAUUUAGAUGUGGGUUCAACAAAAUCCUCAAAAAAGAGCAUUAGUUUAUUACGAGCGAACGAAACGAAAACAUCGAAAUCAACAACACCAGCGACAUCAGCGAACGACAAUAACACGAGCAGAAGUGCCAGUAAUCGUAGCAGUCCCGCAGUUCAAUAUACUAGAGAAAAUUCGGCAAGUGAACAACGUUCUACGCACAAUUCAAAUUCAAAAUCAAAAUCGUCCGCGACAAAGUCUUCCGUGACUUCGAAAUCGAAAACAAAAUCUAAAUCUUCCGCUUCUUCUACGUCGAUAACUUCGUCCAGUAGUGGUACGGAUUCGGAAGAGCCCAGUUGGUGGCAAGACACAAGUCAGCAAAUCGACACUUCUUCGGCCUUAGACUGUAGUUUCAAAGAUGAAAUGCGUUUCAAGGUGAGACAUGUUGACUCCGGCGAGACAGCCUGGUGGUUCCGUAACGACGAUGAGGCAACCUUGGCCGAUGAUUUGGCCACACUCAAUCAGGAUGAGGAAGACAACGGCGAGAAUGAUGAGGCAACCGUGGAUAUAUACAAUGAACAGGGUACUAAGGCCCAAGCGGCUGGCUGGUGGGAAACGACAGACGACAAUAACGCAAACGAAUAUCAAAACGACGCAAAUAUUUCAUUUAGCGAUUUAGAUUACAAAACGAAAACCUAUUACAAUGACCAGCAGGAAAUAACCGAUAGUGAAAGUCGACCUUUUCCACGCAGUCGUCUUACACCGGAAACCGACUGGUGGAACGACGAAGAUGAUGCACCACAAGCACCUAUACAAAAUGGUACCAUUCAACUGAAAAUAUGUCGGGUUGAAUCCGCUGAGGCUCCGUGGUGGCAACAAGAUGAUGAAAAUAAUCAAGCGCCUCAGGAGGAACAGAAACCAUCCGUCGAACCAGAAACCUCUACCAGCAGCAGUAGCAGUAUGAGUACCGAACCCAAAAAAUGGUGGAUGACAGGACCAUCGAAGAAACUAUUUAACAUUCCUCGUGUUGAAUCCGGAGAGAAGGCCUGGUGGCAAAAUGAAAAUUCCGACAAAGAAAGUCAACAAAGUAAAAAUUCCCAAAGUAAGGAACAAGUGGACGUGGUCGAUUCGAUGGCACCACAAAAUUCCACCAUUAAAAAGCUGUUCAAUCUACCACGGGUGGAGUCGGGAGAAAAGGCAUGGUGGUUGGAUGAGAAUUCUGAGGACAGAGAAGAGCAUAGCAACUCUCAAAAUCAAGAGCAACACAAUUCUCAAAAAUCAGAUAACAUCACCAGUCAUACACCCUCAGCAUCACCUCCCCAAAAUCCCCAUCACAAGAAACUUUUUAAUAUACCCCGUGUGGAAUCUGGCGAAAAAGCCUGGUGGUUAGAAGACAGUCCGGAAAAAUCCAAAACCCGCAGUAAUUCUAAAGAUUCCGAAGGUUUGCGGGAAAAUAGAAGUCCCACUAAGCAGGACAUGGAACGUCAACGAAGUCCCAAUAAAAAAUUAUUCAACAUAUCCAGAUUGGACUCGGAUCAAGAAGAAGAACCUUGGUGGCAACAAGAUACCCACGAGAGAGGGAAAACACGUAGCAGAUCACGAGAACCUGAACAGGAAUUUAGAAAUCGUAAUAGGCCUGAUUCAAGGCAACCGGGUACACCAACGAAAGAACAAUCACCAAUAUGGUCAACCUGUAGAAGAACCAGCCAAAGUCCGGUAAAGCAAAUAUUCUCACAUCCAGAGGUGGGAGCAGCAGGUGAAGUGUUGGAAGAAGAUGCCGAAGUGUGUCCACCAGCGGUUGUUCAUUACGCCGAAACGCCCCCUAAACGAGUUCUAACCCAACAACAAUCUUUGGAGGAACAAAAAGAACGCUGGCUUCAAGAACGCCAGAGACAAUAUCAACAACAACAGCAUCAUCAGUCUAACGAAGAUAUUUACCAACACAGCUCAGCUGGAUUGGAUGAACAUCCCAAUUACCCACACUCCUAUCAAUUAACUACCGAUGAUGAUGACCACCAAUCCACAUUCUUGCCCCAAAAUCGUGUUGACUCACAAACCGAACUGAGUAAUUCAUUUAAUUUCGAAUAUUCUGAACGACCACCACCUUUGGGUCAAUGUGCCAGCCCCGUGUAUUGCUCAUCCCCCUACGACAACAUUCCAACAACAAUGACAAAAGUUCAACAAACACCGGCAAACAACAACACGGCAGUGGAUGCAAUGAAUCUAAUGCCAAUUUCAGGUGCAUCACCACCACCACCACUGCCCGUUGGCAACAAUCAAACGGCCUUCAUACCUGAAAAUAAUAAAAUUAAUGUCAACGCCGCUGCCUAUCAACAAGACCAACCAGCUAUGCCUCAAACACCAUCAUACCAUGAACAACCACAACCCUCGGUGUAUCAAAGACAAACACCACCUAGCCAACACCGCAACCAAAAUGAUUUACGUUCAAAGAACGAAAAAGCUUUCAUUUCACGCCACCAAAACAUUGAUGAGCUUUUGAGUGGUGCGUGUCGUGCAUUGAGUCCGAUAUUUUUCGAUAACGAUGGCGGCUAUCAGACAAUGCCAACACAACGCAACAUGUUUCUGGAGGAGAUAAAACCCGACCAAGUUCGCAUUCACGAUAGCAGAGCACAAGUGUCGCACAUUCAACGAAUGGAGAGCAAAGACGAUUGGGAGCAACCAAAUACUCCAACAACGGCUUCAAAAACUCCUCCACGAUUAGAACAACAAGCGCGGCAGGCUGUUGAGUUGAAGAUACUUGUGUUGUUGUUGUCAUCAUGGCUGCUGCUAACUUCUUUUUGUGGACAAAAUAGUACAACACGAGGCAUUGGCUAG